GCGGGGAUCAGCUGAUCGUGCUGUCCCCAGGUAGAGCCGGGCUGGCACAGAGGGGAGGUGGCACUCGGUAAACUCCGGGUACACAGUACGGACCGUGGCUCGGCGGCCUGGGCACGCAGCUCUGGCACUGCCCCCGGGGGAGAGUACUGUCUAUUGCUGGGGCUGUAACACAGACAAAGGAGAAGAACAAAGGGAACCAAGUGCCAGAUUACCCUGACUGGCAGAGGAGGAGAGCUGCCCGGGGGCCUGUGUAGUGCAAGGGGGCAGCUGGCAGGGGUGCUGUUGGCAGCUGGCAGAGGUACUACUGGCAGCUGGCUGGGUCCUGACCCUGUGCUGUGACAGCUAUAGCCUGGCAUCACACCUGCUGGAACUGCUCAAAUCCCCUAUUUAUCCUUGUGAACCUGCUAAAGCCACCUGGAACUGCUCCAUAUCCAGUAGACCUCAGCACCCUGAGCUACCUGGACUAACUGGAUCUGCUGACAUUCCCUGGGACCUUCCCUCCUGGGCUUUCUCAUAGCCCCUAGGCACUGAUACUACUGGUGCCGAUCAAAUCCCAAACAUACCCCUUACACAAUUCUGGUGAUCAAAUUGUCUGGACCUCAGCUUACUUACAUCAUCAAAACCGUUCUGCAUUAAAUAUUCUACAUCCCAAAAUCUCCAGGGCCAGCAUCACCCCCAAAUACUUAUUCAUAUUUCCUAUACUGCAAAUCAACUGGAUUAAUCUAAACAGAACAUAAAGAAAAUGAAGAUUUAGACAAAAUACCUUUGUGUGAUAUUUUAAGACAAUUUCAAAAAGACCCAAUUUCCUUCAUAUUUUUUUUAACAUAAACAUUAUGUAGUAAAGUUUUUUUCCUCUUCUACUUUAGAGCGGUUCAGCUAAAGGUUUCAUUUUUGUUUUGUUUUGUCCCUUUAUGGCUUGGCUUUGCUCAGAUUCAUGAAGAAAAGGGAUUUCUGGGUAUCACAUAAAGGUGGAUUUACCUCUGGACCAGUCAUCUCUAACUAUUCUUAUGUUUUAGUAUAUAAAACAACCUUACCUGUAUGUUCAUUAGCUUUGAAACAUAUUUACAUUAUUAUCUAGUAGGGAAAAAAUGAUUUAAGAAUGACACCAUAAAGCAAAGUAUUUUUUAGAAAUAUUUUGAGUUUUUUCCUUUAUGAUAUAUAAAUAUAUUUUUUGCUGAUAUUUGCACAUGGCAUAACCCUAGCAGAAUAUAAUCAUAUUAUUAAAAACAACCACUUUUUAUCAUCUUCCUCUUACACCGGAGGUUUAAUUAUAACAUUCUGUGUAAGUUAGGGACACUUAAUUUAUAACAUUGCUAGUGAUUGAGCAUAAUUUUUAUAACACAAUUUCCAAUUACUUUAAUAUUUUUCACAUUAUUUAGAUAAAUUAAAACUAUAGAAACAUUUGCCUGUAUGUUAAGUGUAAAAUCUCUGAAUCUUAGAGAAAUGGAUAGCGUUACUAAAUAUGUUAAUUUUCCCUAUUUUCUCACUUUCAUAUAUCCCUUCCGAAUGAACGAAUUGCAAUAAGUUUACCGCUGGAAUUUCAGUGGUGUAUUUUUUUCCUAUGCAGUAGGAGUUUGUACAAUGUGUAGAAAAGAAUACCUUAGCACAAGAUGUAUUUUUGGGUUGAAGAAACUGUUGCAGAAGUUUAAGAUAAGCACAAUAUAGGAAUUUGUAAAAACAAAAAUCAUUGGAGAGACAAGAAAAAAAAACAAAAAACCUAAACUUCUUCAGCUAAGAAAAACUUUUUUUCUGACAAUUACCAAAUAUUCAUUUUUGCUUUGAAAGAAAUCAUUUUUCUACAGAGACUCCGUUAACGAGAGAACAGGAGUUGCUUUUUCUUUUUUUAGAACAACAUGGGAUUUGUUUUGAUUUUCUUCACAUAUCAAGUUUUGAUUGAUUGAGACUCAGGUGAAUUUACCUAUUUUUUUUUGCAUUUGUUUAAUUGGACAUUAACCCAUUAGUUCUUGCUUAGUCUCUUGGGUGUAAUGGAACUGAUGUUUGCUGAGUGGGAGGACGGAGAAAGGUUUUCAUUUGAAGACUCAGACCGAUUUGAGGAGGACUCUCUUUGCUCUUUUAUCUCUGAGGCAGAAAGUCUGUGCCAGAACUGGAGAGGAUGGAGGAAACAAUCAGCCGGACCGAACUCUCCCACUGUGAAAAUGAAAGAUGGGCUGGUGAACCCCUUGGUGGAGCUGUCUGCAAAGCAGGUGGCUUUUCACAUUCCAUUCGAAGUGGUGGAGAAGGUUUACCCCCCAGUACCGGAGCAGCUGCAGCUCCGCAUCGCUUUCUGGAGCUUCCCAGAGAAUGAGGAGGAUAUCAGGUUGUAUUCCUGUUUGGCAAAUGGCAGCGCAGACGAAUUUCAACGAGGAGAGCAGCUGUUCCGUAUGAGAGCUGUAAAGGAUCCUCUGCAGAUAGGUUUCCACUUGAGUGCCACGGUGGUACCUCCACAAAUGCUUUCUCCAAAGGGAGCUUACAAUGUGGCAGUGAUGUUUGAUCGCUGCCGGAUCACCUCCUGUAGCUGCACCUGUGGCGCUGGGGCCAAGUGGUGUUCACAUGUUGUGGCUUUGUGUCUCUUUAGAAUACACAAUGCAUCAGCUGUUUGCCUCCGGGCACCUGUCUCAGAGUCCCUGUCUCGCCUGCAGAGAGACCAGCUACAGAAGUUCGCUCAGUAUCUCAUCAGUGAGUUGCCACAACAAAUUCUUCCUACUGCUCAGCGCCUCCUGGAUGAAUUGUUGUCUUCACAAUCCACUGCCAUUAACACUGUGUGUGGAGCCCCAGAUCCAACAGCCGGACCUUCUGCCUCGGACCAGAGCACAUGGUACCUGGAUGAAUCAACCUUGAGCGACAACAUAAAGAAAACACUCCACAAGUUUUGUGGUCCCUCUCCGGUUGUCUUCAGUGACGUAAAUUCCAUGUAUCUCUCGUCCACGGAGCCCCCAGCUGCUGCUGAGUGGGCCUGUCUCCUGCGGCCCUUGCGAGGGAGGGAGCCUGAGGGCAUUUGGAACCUGUUGUCUAUAGUUCGGGAGAUGUUCAAGAGGAGGGACACCAAUGCUGCCCCCUUACUGGAGAUCCUAACCGACCAGUGUCUGACUUAUGAACAGAUAACCGGCUGGUGGUACAAUGUGCGCACAUCUGCAUCUCACAGCAGUGCCAGUGGGCACACAGGGCGCAGUAACGGGCAGUCUGAAGUUGCCGCUCAUGCGUGUGCCAGUAUGUGUGAUGAGAUGGUGCUCCUCUGGAGGUUGGCUGUUCUAGAUCCCACAAUCAGCCCUCAAAGACGCAGAGACCUCUGUGCCCAGCUCCGGCAGUGGCAGCUCAAGGUCAUCGAGAAUGUGAAGAGGGGUCAGCACAAAAAGUCCCUAGACAAGCUGUUCCAGGGGUUCAAGCCUGCGGUGGAGGCAUGCUACUUCAACUGGGAGGAGGCCUAUCCAAUUGCUGGCAUCACCUACUGUAGCACAGACAAGAAAAACUCUCUUUGUUGGGUUAAGGCCCUCCAGCAAAGGAGCUGCCGGUUACAGUGUACUGAAGCAAUUUGUGAAGGGGGACGGGCACUGGGACAUGAAAGCUGCUUGCUGUUUGGGGACAGGUCACGUCUAUCUUCUCAGGAAAUGUCUGUGCGUCCUAAAGAACUGGUGGGAAAAAGGAAAGUUGCUUCGGAUGUUCCACAGAGGGUCCUGAGGAGGCUUUCUACAGAGGGAGGAGAGAAGACCACAUAUAAAUCAACCAUAAACAAAGCUAAAAUUCCAGGAAGUAAGUGUCUUGCUAGCAAGCACAGUGGGAAGCGCCGAAUGAGCAGCGAGGACAGCUCUCUGGAACCAGACAUGGCGGAGAUGAGUCUGGAUGAUAGUAGUUUGGCACUAGGAGCUGAAGCAAGUAACACAUUCAGUUUUAUAGAAUCUCCACUCAGUAGGAGAUAUAGGGACAAUUUUGAAGAUGCAGUUGGCGUGUACUAUGCAGAGGGACUUGAACCCGUGAUUGGGGUUAAUCCCGCAGCACCUAAAACAGAUUCUGAUCCCUUAGCAGAAGGUGCUGUUGUCGCGAGUGGAGAAGAAGACCUGGCUCCAACAGAAGACACUGGAGGCAAGAGCCUUAAACCAGAAGAGGUGGCACAGAAUGGAGCUGUGGGAGGCGGUGGUGGCAAAGAGAGCAAAACCACAGAGGAUGGGGAAGCUAAAGAGAAGGGAGAGGAAGAUGACUAUCAGGCAUACUAUCUGAGCCCUCAAGAGGCCGCGAAGAAUGAAGAUGAGAAGGUAGAGGAAGGAGUAGAGGAAGAGCAAGACAUAUUUGCUGGCAUUAAACCUCUGGAUCAAGAGAAUAGAAUGGAGGUUCUCUUCGCUUGCGCAGAGGCGCUGUACGCUCAUGGUUAUAGCACUGAAGCUAGCCGUCUUACCGUGGAGCUAGCCCAAGACUUGCUAGCUAACCCACCGGACCUCAAGGUGGAGCAGCCUCCAACUAAGGGCAAGAAGAAUAAAGUCUCUACCAGCAAGCAGACGUGGAUAGCGACCAACACCUUGUCCAAAGCCGCGUUCCUGCUGACCGUGCUAAGUGAGAGGCAGGAGUACCACAAUUUGGCAUUUUGCAUCGGCAUGUUUGCCCUAGAGCUCCAGAGACCUCCUGCAUCCACCAAAGCAUUGGAGGUCAAGUUGGCUUAUCAAGAAUCUGAGGUUGUGUCUCUCCUAAAGAAGAUCCCAUUGGACUCCAAUGAGAUGAACACUAUUCGAGGGCGUGCUAAAGAGCUGAGGGAUGGCACCCUUUGUGAUUACAGACCCGUCCUUCCUUUAAUGCUAGCCAGUUUUAUCUUUGAUGUUCUGUGCACUCCAGUGGUUUCUCCAACAGGAUCCCGUCCUCCAAGCCGGAACCGUAACAACGAAAUGCCCGGAGAUGAGGAGCUUGGUUUUGAGGCUGCGGUUGCUGCAUUAGGAAUGAAGACGACUGUCAGCGAAGCAGAACAUCCGUUGCUGUGUGAGGGUACUAGAAGAGAGAAGGGGGAUUUGGCGCUUGCCUUAAUGAUUACAUAUAAAGACGACCAAUCCAAAUUAAAAAAGAUACUAGACAAGCUGCUGGACCGUGAAAGUCAAACUCACAAGCCACAGACCCUGAGCUCAUUUUACUCCUCUAGUAAACCAGCAGCAGCUAACCAGAAAUCUCCAUCCAAACACGGCUCCCAAUCUACUGCCGCCAUCCUCAUAUCAGGCAGUCCGGCAGCGCAUCAACAGCCAGGAGUGACUGGAACUGUACCUGGGGGCUUGACAGACAACUUCCCGGAGAAGAACACUCAGGACGGCUCCCAGAGAGUGGCCAGUGAACCUGUGGUGGAGUCGCACAUCUACAAGCAAGAAGGAAAAGUUCCAAGCCGUCUGGCUCUGGGAAACAGAGGGGGUUACAAUGGGAGGUGCUGGGGCUCACCAGUAAGGCAGAAAAAGAAGCACACAGGUAUGGCCAGCAUUGAUAGUAGUGCUCCAGAAACAACAUCCGACAGCUCCCCGACUCUCAGCCGGCGACCUCUGCGUGGUGGUUGGGGGACCACACCUUGGGGAAGGGGGCAGGAUAGUGACAGUAUCAGCAGCUCGUCCAGUGACUCCUUGGGCUCAUCGUCAUCCAGUGGCAGCCGGAGGGCCAGUGGAGGGGCCAGAGCCAAGACGGUGGAAGUGGGCAGAUACAAGGGCCGACGGCUGGAAAGUCAUGCUCCUCAUGUCCCCAAUCAGCCCUCUGAGGCAGCUGCCCACUUCUACUUUGAGUUGGCCAAGACCGUUUUAAUUAAAGCUGGAGGGAACAGCAGCACUUCCAUCUUUACCCAUCCGUCAUCCAGCGGCGGUCACCAGGGUCCUCACCGCAACUUGCACCUUUGUGCCUUUGAGAUAGGGCUCUAUGCUCUUGGUCUGCAUAACUUUGUGUCUCCAAACUGGCUGUCCAGGACCUACUCUUCCCAUGUCUCCUGGAUAACUGGACAAGCCAUGGAAAUUGGAAGUGCAGCACUGAACAUCCUUGUGGAAUGCUGGGAUGGGCAUCUCACCCCUCCAGAGGUGGCAUCGCUUGCAGAUAGGGCAUCCCGGGCCAGAGAUUCCAAUAUGGUUCGAGCAGCUGCUGAACUUGCCCUUAGUUGCCUCCCACACGCUCAUGCUUUGAACCCUAACGAGAUCCAACGAGCGUUGGUACAAUGCAAAGAGCAGGACAAUUUGAUGCUGGAGAAAGCCUGCAUGGCGGUGGAAGAAGCUGCCAAGGGCGGAGGCGUUUACCCAGAAGUCUUGUUUGAAGUGGCGCAUCAGUGGUACUGGCUGUACGAGCAGACGGUUGGUGGGACUCCAGCACAGCGAGAGGGCGCUACUGGCUGCAGCACCGGAGGGGCACGUUCUGUGGCAGAAGCCGUCCGUGGCCUCGCAGACAGCAGAAUAAUCCCUGAAACUUCCACAGUGACUGUAGCAGCUGCAGUGACAGCAGCCACCGUCGUACCAGUGAUAUCGGUGGGGUCCUCCAUUUAUCAGCAGCAUACAGCAAUGGCUCAUGCACAUACGCAGGGACUGCACCCGUACACCACUCUGCAAACGCACAUCCCUACUGUGUGCAGCCCACAGUACAUCGGAAUCCCACGCCAGCAAAUUCCACAGCAGGCCGUGUUCCCUGUACCCGGGACCCUCUAUACACAGGGUGUGCACCCAGCGUUUAUAGGAGCUCAGUAUCCGUACACAGUAACAACCCCGUCGUUGGCAGCUACUGCAGUAUCCUUUCCUGGGGCAGCAGUCCCUUCAAUGACACAGAUUGCUGUUCACCCCUACCAUACUGAAGCUGGACUCUCACUGACUUCCAAUGUAGCAAGUGAGUCUGCGGAAUAUCCACAUUUCACUACAGUUGUACAGGGCCCCUAUGGUUUACAGGCUCAGUGGACAACCAGUAUCACACAGAAAGUAGGUAGUGUACACACCGGAACAACCUUUCCAGCAAUCCAGGGGUCCACGCUGACCACCUUAACUACUCAGCCUACCUCGCUGGUCACAGGUGCUUUCCCUGCAGAGGAUGAACAGCACAGUCAGCCUGUUAGUCCCCAGGGUCUGCACUACCUCCAUUCAGCAUAUCGAGUUGGGAUGCUAGCGUUAGAGAUGUUGGGUCGCAGAGCACAUAACGAUCAUCCAAACAAUUUCUCCCGGAGUCCCCCAUACACAGAAGAUGUGAAAUGGCUUUUAGGAUUAGCAGCCAAAUUAGGUGUGAACUAUGUGCAUCAGUUCUGUGUCGGCGCAGCCAAAGGUGUGCUGAGUCCAUUUGUCCUGCAGGAAAUCAUAAUGGAAGCUCUGCAGAGACUGAACCCGGCGCACAUCCACAACCACUUGCGCACCCCGGCAUUUCACCAGCUGGUGCAGCGCUGCCAACAGUCGUAUAUGCAGUACAUCCAUCAUCGGCUGAUUCACCUCACCCCGGCAGACUACGAUGACUUUGUGAACGCCAUCCGCAGUGCCAGGAGUGCUUUCUGUCUCACACCUUUGGGCGCAAUGCAGUUUAACGACAUCCUUCAGAACCUAAAGAGAGGAAAACAGACCAAGGAGCUGUGGCAGAGGGUUUCCCUAGAGAUGGCCACCUUCUCUCCUUGAUGCCAAAGCUUGGAGAGCACUUAUGACAAUACUUCUUUGGGCUUUGCCCUCUACAAAUGUGUAGGAUCUACAUGACCUCCACAUUGGGAUGAAUAAUUUCACUGCGUCAUUGCAGUCCUGGAGUUUAGACAACAAAGUGCAGAUACCAUCCACUGUGGUCUCCUUCUACGUGACUCCCCCUGCCUUAUCGCAGCGGAUUGUAGGAACCAACUUUGAGAGGACUGUUCUUAAUCAUUUAGACAGGAAAUACAAUGAACCUGGUUGUACCAAUGUGAACUAUUUGUACUAGGUUUUUUUUAUACAAAUAUACUUAAUUUUAUUUUAGUUAAUACAUUGAAAAAUCACCGGAUUAACCGGUCAUUCCUUAUAUUGCAAAAUACUUGUUGACUUCCCCCACCUGAGUGGUUGCAUUGGCUGGAACUUUCAGGGUAGUAAAGAGUGCGAUUUUGCCCAGUUUGGGUGAUGAGUUUCUUCCUUACUCUCCACUAGGGGUAGUUUGCAGUGUGAGUGCACGCCUGUCUUCUGCAAUUUCUGUCUUUGCAAAAUAUUUAUUUUGGCUUUUAUAUUUGUGCUUUUUUUGUGUGUAUUGGCUCCUGUGUCGGUGCAUAAUUCUGAGCGGGGCAUGACCCAUCUGAAGAGUUCUUCUCUACUGAUGGACACAGUACACAACCAGUAUGUUCUUACCUAGCAUUCUGUAUAAUUGUUGUGUGACUGAAUUCAUACUUUGCCGUUAAUACAGAACCCUUUUUGUGACCACACUUUAAAUUGCUCUUGAUGCAGUUUUGAAAAUAAGCUGGUUUGAGUUUUAACUGUCGUGUUCUGGAAUUGUUAUCCACAGAAUAUUGCGCUUCUUCCAGUUUUGCUGUUAAAUUAAUGUUGUCUUAUUUUAUUUUGUUUCCAGAUUAAAAAAAAACAAAAAACACUUAUCUUUA